AGAUCAAUGACAAUAUUGAACUUGGAAUAAAAUAUCUCAAUUUCAGUAUAGUUAAAGACAUAGAUAAAAUACACUUUAUAAUAAAGAUCAUCCAAAAGGAAAAUGGAGUUCACUACAUCAAACAUUGAAAAGUUAGUUGAUUUGCUAAGAGCACCUGAGCCGGAUGUUUUGCAGGGAGAUGAUUUUCCUUCCACUAAAUAUGAUAUAACCGUUACGAGGGAGAACAAUAAUUCUCGCGAUUUGCCAACAAUGAAAACACCUAAAACAAUUGAAGAAUAUGAAAGCCUAGAAGCUGAAGAAGCCGAAAACAUGGGUAAAGUAGGAUUCGGUGAAAGAGAUCGGAAAACUCCUGUUUACACUAUGAACUAUCUGCAAUCUGUCAGUGCGGAGGAUGUCUUUCUUCAAAUGGGGCCAAAGACGCCAUCGUCAGCCAGCUGCGAGAACCUUGUCGUUAGAGUAAAGAUGCCUGAAGAUAAAAAAGAGAACGUAGAUUUGGACGUCGAUACGUCGAGCGUCACGAUUAACUCUUCCCGAUACUAUCUGAAACUUCCAUUGCCUCAUGAAAUUAACCCUGACACAUCGAAAGCAACCUGGGACUCCACGGAGGAAACAUUGGUUCUGACAUUGAAGUUACAGAGAGAAUUUGAUUUUGUUAACUUUUAAACAUACCUAAUUAACCAAUGAUAAAAUAUUGACGCGUAUAAAUUGUAGCAAUCUUUGUUUUAUUACAAAAGUAGUAUUUACCCAGCCAGCGCCGGACCAAAGUUUUUAGAAUGGAUCGAGAUCCAAUUAUGGCGCCUCUCCUGUUUGCUUCUAAUAAUAGGUAUAUAUAGGUUACCUAUACUAAUUGUUAGUGCAAAGUAAAUAUGGAACACGAAGAUCUCGACCAUACUGUGGAGAGACCAAUUGAAAAUCAAGCGCAAUACCGUCUACCGACGACAAGGAGUUUAGAUGUCAUAGAAUAUCAAUAACUUCUAAAAUUAUGCUCUGGGACACCGGAUGGCGAAGCAAUGUUGCCCGCGCACUGUAUUGGCGCUUGUCUUGUUCAUCUCAUCGCUUAAAAUAUAGACAAUCGAAAAAACAGAAAUUGCUUAUAUUUUUCAUUACCACUUAGGCUAGGAUUGGACGCUUGGAGCGACCGCUCCGUUCGCCGU